CAAGCAAACGGCGAAGAUCCAAAUCACCACCACCCAGCAUGUCCAUAGAGAGUACCUGCUCUAUAGAUCAUACUCUGAACUUCAAAGAUGGCAAAAUGCAACCUAGCGGCAGUAAAAUGGCAGAAUCCAGAAUUUCAGUGGAUCAGAAUGAGUUCCUGUGUCCAGUGUGUCUGAAUCUCCUGAAGGAUCCAGUGACCACUUCCUGUGGACACAGUUACUGUAAGAUCUGUAUUACAGACUGCUGGGAUCAGGAGGAUCAGAAGAGAGUCUACAGCUGCCCUCAGUGCAAACAGACCUUCAGUUCAAGACCUGCUUUAGCUGAAAACACCAUGCUGGCUGAAAUGGUGGAGAAACUGAAGAAGAUUAAACUUCCUGCUGACUGUUACGCUGGAGCUGGAGAUGUGCAGUGUGACGUCUGUACUGGAAGAAAACACAAAGCCGUCAAGUCCUGUCUGGUGUGUCUGGACUCUUACUGUCAGAAUCAUCUUGAACAACACGAGAGUUUGUUCAGAAGAAAGAGACACAAUCUGACUGAAGCCACUGGACGACUGCAGGAGAUGAUCUGCCAGAAACACAACAAGAUCCUUGAGGUUUUCUGCCGCACUGAUCAGAAGUGUAUAUGUGUGAUGUGUAUGGAUGAUCAUAAAAAACACGACAUUGUAUCAGCUGCAGCACAGAGGACAGAGAAACAGCACCAGCUGAAGGAGAUGCAGAGGUUGUUCCAGCAGAGGAUCCAGCAGAGAGAGAAAGAUCUUCAGCAGCUGAGAGAGGCUGUGGAGUCUCAUAAGCGCUCUGCACAGACAGCAGUGGAGGACAGUAAGAGGAUCUUCACUGAGCUCGUCCCCUCCAUCGAGAGAAGAGAUCAGGAAAAGGCUGCAGUGAGUCGAGAUGAAGGACGACUGGAGCGUCUGGAGCAGGAGAUCAAUGAUCUGAGGAGGAGAGAUGCUGAGCUGGAGCAGCUUUCACACACACAGGAUCACAUCCAUUUCCUGCAGAGUUUCCAGUCUCUCUCAGCUCCUCCUGAAUCUACAGAUGUAAAUGAUGAUUCCUUCAGUUCUCUCUCCUCUUUUGAUGAUGUGAGAAAAUCUGUCCGUCAGCUGAAAGACAAACAGGAGGAUUUCAGCAAAGAGGAGUUCAAGAAGUUCUCUGACAAAGCCACUUUCACCAACAUUGUUCCCAGGACCAGGAAGGACUUCCUACAAUAUUCCCAUCUGCUCACUCUGGAUCUGAACACAGUGAAUAAACGCCUCCGUCUGUCUGAGGGGAACACAGCGAUUACUGUCACUAACACAGUCCAGUCGUAUCCUGAUCAUCCAGACAGAUUUGAUUGUUAUGCUCAGGUGUUGUGUAGAGAGAUUUUGAGUGAUCAACGCUGUUACUGGGAGAUUGAGUGGAGUGGUGAUGUUGUGUUUAUAUCAGUGUCAUAUAAGAGCAUCAGGAGGAAGGGAUGGGGUAAUGAGUGUGUGUUUGGAUCUAAUGAUCAGUCCUGGAGUUUGAUCUGCUAUCCCUCCAGUUACUCAUUCAGACACAAUAACAUAGACACUGAACUCCCUGUAAAGCCCAUCAUCAGCAGUAGAGUAGGAGUGUAUGAUGAGGAUGAUGAUGAUGAUGAUGAUGAUGCUGAUUUAGAGUCCAUCAUCAGGAGAAUAGGAGUGUAUGUGGAUCACAGUGCAGGAACUCUGUCCUUCUACAGGGUCAAGAGAAACACAAUGAUCCUCAUCCACACAGUCCAGAUCACAUUCACUCAACCGCUCUAUCCUGGGUUUUAUGUUUAUGGUUCUGGAUCAUCAGUGAAACUGUGCUGGUGAAUCAAAAUAGACUGCAGAGAGAUUCUACCCAUAAUGCUUUGAGCUCAUGAUAAAUCAAUAACAGUGAGAUGUUAUAGAGUCUCUUAUUUCCUCUUCAUUACAUUAAUACUACAGCUGAACUUCUGUCAGUGAAAUAACAUGUCAGAAUAAAUGUGUGUAAUGAAUCCUCAUA